UAGGGAGCGCGAACGUGCGGGGCGUGCAGGGCUGGGGGGUGACGGUGGAGGCAGUGAUACUCUUUCGUUCUUGCUUGGCCUUGGCUCCCGGCUCCUUCGUAGCGACACCCUGCUGUCUGCUCUUUCUCCCUUGAAGCAGAUUAUCUGGAACCCAAGAUCAGAAGUUGUUUUUUUAUGGACACAGUGGCCCUACCGAACCUCUGCGGGAGAUGAACAGGAAUAGGGCUUGGGAAUGCCAGGCGCGCCAGGCACGCUGAGGCUUAUGAGAAAGGGGCUUUAGUCCAGCCAGAUUUGACGCCCACUCGAAAAUGGAGUUAAAACGCUCCGAAGUUCUUUCUCAAGCAAGCCUGUUAGGGUGGUCAGUUACAGAACCUGGACCAAGUGUUACUUCUGUGUGUCUGCCAGGAGAGGUGCCAGAAAACAAUACCCUUCUUUGGGGGCGUGGGGCUGGGCAAUGGGGGCUGAUGAAAGAAGUCUCUUUGGACUCUUUGAGCUCUGAGUUUGACCAACAUUCAGAAUACAGAACACCAAACUGCAAUCAGUAUAAAUUACCAGGAUGUCCCAGAGACUUUAGCCCCGUGUGUGGAAGCGACAUGUCCACUUAUCCCAACGAGUGUACUCUGUGUUUGAAAAUCAGGGAAGAUGGGCAUGAUAUUAAAAUAAUCCGGAGUGGGCCAUGUUGAUGGAGCGGUUUAUAGAAGAGAACUUGGAGAAACCACCUUCAACAGUAUGCUGGAUGAAUUCCAUUUCCCCUUUUCUCUUUCCUAUGUUCCUUUGCAUGGGAUUUGUUAGCCCACACUUUCUGAGAGGAGGUGUGGAAGAGAGCUAUGUGCAGUGACUGAUAAUUAAAACAAACACAAAAAAAUCCUUGUUUCUUGGCUUUUGCCCCUUGAGUAAAGCUUAUUACCCAGGUGCCUUGUGCGUUGCUUUAUUUAGCUGGAAUAAAAUCAGCAUUGUCUUCAA